CAACCACCUACUGCGAACCACGGGAACCACGGGAACAAUGCCACAUUUUCCAGAAGAUAUGACGACGCCGUCCCAGCGCAUCUCACCCUCGCCAUCAGAACGGGAGAGCUACACCCAAAACCGAAUUCGCAUCAAGAACAGACGGAUGCGGUAUCUCAGCACGCAUCCCGAUUACUUCACGUCUCCCGACCUCGAGCUUGCUGAUCCCCUUCUCUACGACCGACUCGUCCGCAGAUUCCAAAGCGCCGCCGAGCGCGAGCAAGAAGGUCGACGAAGAGGCUACACGGGAGUUCUCGAAGCAGAUUUAUUCCGAAGCGAAGCCAAACUCGCCGCACUGCGGCAGCAGCAAAGACCCUCCGAGUGGAGCGGUCGUAGUAAUAAUAACAGUAAUAGUAAUGGUAAUGGUAUCAACCGCUCCGCUGCCGGGACUUCUUCUUCCUCUGCCUACCACUCCAAUGGACAGAUUCUGGAAGAGGACGAGGACGAAGACGAGGACGAGGACGAGGACGAAGAAGAAGCCACCGCUCCGAACAAGGAAAGCGCAUGGAAGCGAUUUGUAGACGUGAUGACGCAACGGUUUUUGCGAGGGCACGACGGCGAUUUUGACUAUGCGUCCGUGGAUGACAGUGAAGAAUAUGAUGAUCGCGAGGAGGAGGAACGGAGGAGAUUGGAAUUGUAUAUUGAUGAUCAGACGCCUGAAUUUGUGGGAGAGGGUCUGCCUGGUGGCGAGACGGGGAUUCAAGACUUUUGAAGAAGGUACCUCCUACCUGCCUACCUGCCUGCCUAAGGUACCUUAGGUAUAUGUCAAUCAAUCAUGCUUAGCCAG